AUGGCCAAACAAAAUUUUGAAUUUGGACAAAUUUUGUCUAAAACAACACUAAAAACACCCAACAAAUCUUCAAAAAAUUCUUCAAAAAAUCCCCGAAAAAAUAAAAAACCAAAAAUUUUAAUGAAAAGUAAAGGGUUAUUAUUAAAUAAUAAUCAACAUUUUAAGACGACUUUUAAAAAUGUUUUUGGAUUUAAAACGUCAAUAAAAGGUCUCAAAUUUACCCCAACAGAUAUCAAAAAAUAUACAGGUAAAUUAACUAAAUCUCGACGACAAACGUUUAAAUGGGCGCCGAAUGGACCUAUUAGUGAUUAUUUAAUGCAAGGUCCGAGAAUUUGA